ACCCUCUAAUCUUCUCUCACAUCACUACCUCACUCAGUUCAUCUUAACUUGAAGGUCUUAACAGAAACAAGAUGAGCACAGUUGGAUUUAAAAGUUUAGGGUUUUCUUUAAAAAACAGCAACCAAAGACACAGUCUUGUUGCAGCUGGUUGCUCAUCUUCUUCACCUGAAAGAGUUUCUGCGACAAAGAUUCAUGAAGAAAAUGAAAAUGGGGUGGUUUUGGGAAGAAGAACAGCAAUGGUUUCUGGGGUUUCAUUGGUUUCCUCAGGCUUAAUGAUGGGAAUCCCAAGGGAGGGAGUGGCUGUAGUGAAACAAGGACUUUUAGCUGGAAGGAUUCCAGGACUGUCUGAACCUAAUGAACAAGGUUGGAGGACUUACCGCAGACCAGAUGAGAAGUCUGGAGGACAUGGAGUUGGGUGGAGUCCCAUCAUCCCCUAUGCCUUUUCGGUUCCUGAUGGUUGGGAAGAGUCACCAGUAUCCAUAGCUGAUCUUGGUGGAACUGAGAUUGAUCUCAGAUUUGGUAGUCCAAGCGAAGGCCGGCUCUUUGUCAUCGUUGCACCUGUUCUCAGAUUCGCAGACUAUCUAGAGGAUGAUGCCCGGAUAGAAAGAAUCGGACCUCCAGAGAAAGUGAUCAACGCAUUUGGGCCAGAGGUAAUCGGAGAGAACGUAGAAGGGAAAGUGAUGAAUAGCAAAGUUAAGGAAUAUUCGGGAAGAAAGUAUUACCAAUUCGAGUUAGAACCACCACACUGUCUCAUCACAGCCACUGCAGCUGGGAAUCGUCUCUACUUGUUCAAUGUACUUGCAAAUGGUCUUCAGUGGAAGAGGCACAACCAGGAUCUGAAAAAGAUAGCAGAUUCAUUCAGGAUUGUAUAGAGGCAACAUUACACAGAUGAUCAGUAUACACAGUUUCCGAGUGUAAAGCAAUGCCAUAGGCAUAUUCUAUACCAUAUAGUUGUCCAUCUAAAGGGUUUCCAAACAACAUGCUUGAAAACUGUUAAUAAGAACAGUGGGAUUGGCUGAAACAUAGUGAGCAAAAUGGUCGAAAUAUAGCAAAACAACUAAAAUUUGAGUU